ACCCUGGCAGAGGGUGCCCGUGAGCUCCUCGGGGAAGCCGGGCUCCUUGGGUGGGCGGUGGCUGCUCUUCCUGAGCGAGCGGACGGCGAUGUGUAGCGCAGCGGGAGGUAACGCGGCGGUACGGUACGGAAGCGUUACCCGGCGGGAGAGGCGCUAGGGCGGGAGCACUUCACGGGCUGCAGCCGGGACGGUGUUCACGUUUUCAUCUUCCCACCGAGAAGUGCUGGUUUACAUAAGCCUCUCUCGAUCCGAUGUGCCUGCCUGCCUGCACCGUGACCUUUGCCUGCGUACCUCAGCCGUUUGGAUCUGUCUCUAGUUAAUGUACAGGAUUGAUAAAUUGGUGAAUAAGCCAGAGAGUCACCUGAGCUGCAGAGAUGUUAGAGGAGGACAUGGAGGUGGCCAUCAAGGUGGUAGUGGUAGGAAAUGGAGCUGUUGGGAAGUCCAGUAUGAUUCAGCGAUACUGCAAGGGGAUCUUUACGAAAGACUACAAGAAAACUAUUGGCGUAGAUUUCCUGGAAAGACAAAUCCAAGUUAAUGAUGAAGAUGUCAGGCUAAUGUUAUGGGACACUGCAGGUCAAGAGGAAUUUGAUGCGAUAACUAAGGCCUACUACAGAGGAGCCCAGGCCUGUGUUCUUGUGUUUUCUACAACUGACAGAGAGUCCUUCAAAGCAAUCCCUACCUGGAAGGAAAAAGUGAUGACUGAAGUUGGAGACAUUCCCACAGUUCUUGUGCAGAAUAAGAUUGAUCUUCUGGAUGACUCUUGUAUAAAGAAUGAAGAGGCAGAAGCACUGGCAAAAAAGCUAAAGUUAAGGUUCUACCGAGCGUCUGUGAAGGAGGACCUCAACGUAACCGAAGUUUUUAAGUAUUUGGCUGAUAAAUAUCUUCAAAGGCUCAAGCAGCAAACAGCUGAAGAACCAGAACUAGUACAUACAAGCAGUAACAAGAUUGGUGUUUUCAAUACAGCCAUUGGGAGUCACCCCAACCAGAAUUCUGACACUAUUAACGGUGGAGAUAUCAUCAACCUCAGACCAAACAAACAGAGAACCAAGAAAAGCAGAAGUCUUUUUAGCAACUGCAGCAUACCUUAGACUGCUUUUGGAGGGAAAAGAGAAGAGUAACCAUGAAUUGGAUCAAGUUGUGCAAUUGAAUGCAGAGUAAAGCUUUAGAGGUAUUUUACCAGUGCUUUAGCAAAUCUUGUGCCUAUGGGAUCCUUGCUUGGUGGAUUUAUCUAAAAUUGCUGAUGCGGUGUUUUUUGGUGUGUAGAGUGAGACACCUGGUGGCAAAACGCAGAACCGUGGCUGCCCCGUGCACUUUUUAACAAUUAUUAAGCAAACUUCUCCAUUUUGAAGGAAUUAUUUAUAGAGCUAUGAACUAGGUUUUGCAGAAUUGAGAAGCACAUUUAACAUAAAGAUAAUAUGCACACGUAGGUACAGACCAUAGCAUUACGGCCCAAGGUAAAGUAGCAACUUCAUAACUAAAUUUCAAAGGAAAUGUUAGCAGUGGUUAGCCAGGACACUAAGAAGUUAGCAGAAGAGCAAAGUGAAGACAUCAUAUAUUAUGCCUUUCUCUGUUAGCGUGGAUUCUGGUGGAUCUGUCAUUUCAAUAUACUCCUGUUAUAUGUACGUGUGUGCAGGUAUGUAUGUAAAUGUUGGGUAUGAAUACUUUUGCUAAGUUCAGGUGUAUUCAAUACGUGGAGGUCAGCUACCGAUGAUGAAAUAGCAUCUUCACAAGAAUUUUUCCUUUUAAAAUGUUACCUUUCAGAUGAGGCUUUCCCAGCUGCUGCUGUGUGUGUUGAACUUGCUAAACUUGGGCCUAAACGCUUAGAUUUAAAAAUGGACAGUGCCAAAAAUGCUCCUUCUUUUUACCUAAUGCUGCAUUGCAGAUGUUUUCGUAAGUUUGGCUUUCCUCAGUCUUAACAGGUUGAUCAAAUAAGGGUUUGACACUAAUAGAUAUCCAGAUGGAACAGUCAUAUUCCUGUCCAAGUGUGAUUGCUGUAUCCUCUAUCAUCCAUGAAAAAGGAACUUGCAAGGUGUCACAAAAUACUUAUCUUCCUUGGAGAAACUUCUCGUAGUCCUGCAAACCAGGUUGCAGAGGAUCCAAAACACACAGCUAAUAACUGAUUUACAGUAACGAGACAUUCCUUAACGUUGCUGCUGCUUACAGAGAAUCUAAUUCUGCAAGAUCGGAGACAUGGCAAAACAAUUUUCAAAGUACGUAAGUAAUUUUAUAGAACUGAUUUAGACAUUUAGGAGCCCAAAUCUAUAUUAAAGAUAUUUGGGUUUAGGUUCCUAAAUCACUACGGUGCUUUUAAAAAUGCUAAGCAAGAUAUCUCUUAUUUACCAAAAAUAAACACUUUUUAAUCCUCUACAAGAGCAUGCAUGCCUUUUAGAAAUACCCAUUUUGUUUACAUGGUUUUGUAUUGUAUUAUAUAAUUUUAACUUUCUAGGAUUUCUAUAUCAAACCUGCCAGUGACAAAUGCAAAAUAUGCUGCUUGAAAAAAAAUCAGAAUUUUAAUAGUUUUUUAAACAGUGUAUGAGAGUGAGAAUGACUUGACUGAUCCUGUAUAUUUUUGGAGGAAGGACUUUCACUGUGUGAAUUCGUAUAGGAAGCUUGACUUAUUUUAUUUGUAAGUCAAUGAGUAUGAGAACUGCAAUGUACUCUUGUCCCACUGUCCGCUGGGAAAGAAGUGGGUGGCAAGUUGUGCACAAACACUAUAGAUCUCUGAACGCUGUAUUUGAUGUUUACUCUCUUAGACUUUCUACCGAGUACCUUUGUGUCUCUGGAAGCUGCCACAGCAUCUCCAGUUGCUGGCAAGAAGGCGGUCCUGUAGGUGCUCAGUACCCUUUGCUGUUGCAGCAAAAUGUGUUCUUCACCAGAAUGUUUCCUGUAUUCUCUCCUGGAUAGAUGCCUUUAUUUUUAACAAGUGCAUUUAAUCAUUGUACGUAUGUAUAAAUGGAGUCAAGUCCUACUUGUCGUAAUGUUUUAAGGUACUUAAGGUAUGGAAACAAAAAGACCUAUGAUUGUACGUGAUGGGGCCGUCUUACAGCUUCAGGAUGUAGGGCAGAAGGUGUGCAUUAAGAAUUUUGUCAACUGCUUUUAAUAUGAAAACUUUUACAUUUCGUUGUCUGUUUGGUAGUUUAACCGUUAUAUUUGUUUUUCCUGAAAAAGCAUGUGAACUCACAAAAUGUCUGAAGCAUUUUUCUUGCCUUGUUCGACUUUGUACAGAGUACUGAAGAGUCUUUAUGUAUAACAACCAUUUGUACCAUGACACAUCAUUCAUCAGACAUUGUACGGUUACAUAAGCCAUUUGUAUUGAAGAUCCUUUGCUAUAAACUGCUAUUUCAAGGAGUGAAAACUCAAUGGAAAUUUUCAUAGAAGAGAGACUUGCUAAAUAUAGGAUACACUGAAAUUUAGUAUAUGCAUGCUUUAAUCUAGGAAUACAUAUUUGAGGUGUUGGGCAACAGGGAGUUUUAAUUUCACUCCCACCAUAAGCUAAAGUGGCUCCUUCUUUGUUGCGAUUUGCAGUGCUUAAUUUCCAGUAUGACUGAGGUGGAAACUGUCCAAAUCAGCAUUUUUUCUGGGGAUUACUCUGCAUAUGCACUGCUUCCAAGUGUACUUUUUAUCCCUGUAGUUUUAGUGUACAGAUGUGGAGCAGAUGCCUUGCACAUGGCAGGUGUCCAUAUGUAUCCAUGUCACUGCUCAGUGGGAGAGCCGUUUGACUUCUGGAUGAGGAGACGUGCUGACACUUCUGGCAUUCAUGUUGUUGUGUGUGAAUAAUUUUAGUUACAAACAUUGCCCCCUUCUCCAUUCAGUGUUCUCACGAAAACCCCAUGUUUUAAGCACCCUUCUGUGCCUACGAGGUGGAAGAGAAUAUGGUCCUCUGUGACACCUGCGGUAGGUCAGCGUUCUGUGCUCUGUGCACAUGUGCCUAUCACAAGUCAAAGUUUUGUUCUUACAGCCUGAGCUAAUUGCACUCCUGUUAUAUCCAUUGACAUCUCUUAAGCAGCUCGUUGGAUAUCUUAUUGAGCUCUCGACAAAAUUCUUUGCUUUUAGUUGAUAAAGCUAAUGUGAGUAGAAAACUUCAGUGAAGUAAGCAUUCACUAAAGGGCCCGACACUAAAGCAUCUGCUGCUCCCACAUGAUAUCCAUUCAGUGAAUGGUGUUCUGCUGAGUGAAGCAUCGUUGGGUGCACAGUAGCAGUGCCAGGGAGGCAUUUCCAGCUGGAAAUAACAAAUCUGAGAGUUGUAAGAUUGGGCACAUUAAGAUUUUUGGGCUUGUGUGUGUGGUUGACUUAGAAAGAAAUAUUCCACUUCAGAUAAUUCUGGAGUUUUCUUAUUUUCAGCAUUACUUAAGGUGACCUUUACCCUUUGUGAUUAAAAAUGACUAAAUUACUGUCAGUCUAAUUUCCUGAUUAAUUUUAUUAUACUUUGGUAAAAUCAGUCUCUUUAUUUUUUUCAAUGUUGGGCACAUCUGAUGUUUUUCUUUGAAUCACUUCUGUAGAUGUACAUUAUUCUAAAGGGAAUUGAGUGGCUGAACACACUGUAUGGCUUUGAGGUUAUGCCUGGGUACAUGCACAAUACCAGUGAAUGAGCUAAUAGCUACCAGUUAAUGAGUAACAGAAUUAAUUACUUGCACUGCCGGAUCCUCUUGCAGGAAUUCAGUCAUGUAUCAAAUGAACAAACCUGCUGCUUGGUACUUAAGUCCCUAAAUCUAAUCACAAGCCUCUGGCUAAGGCUGUAGUUCCUGAAAUCAAACUGAAUGCAAAACAGAGAGCAAGAGUGGUCCAAGAAGCUCGACUUCAUCACCACCACCAUACCUGUGGUAGGAAGUGACCAUUGCACGUAUCUUUUUUUUUAUGCUCAAGUAGUAUCUGACUGAAGAAAGUACUUCUCACUGUUAAAUGGAGCAUCCUAAAAGGUAAUCAAACUCAUGGCAGAAGAAAUGCAGGAAGUACCAAGAUGAAAAGUGCUGUGGUAAAACAUGAGAAACUCUCAGUUCCGUGCUGAAGACAAGAUCCAUCUGAGCCACCUCCCGACCAGGUGAGCCCUUGUGCUAAGCUUGCUCUCAGGUUUCUGGUAGGAGGGUGACACUGAUCAAUAAUUUGUGGAGUGAGUGGUUUUUCCUCUCCUGGCGCAAGGACGGCUCAGCGACCACCUGAAGUUGCUCAAACAAACAAACAAACAAACCCAAAGAUCUGGACCAGGAGAAAUGCUGUUCUCGUUGCAAAGAUAAGGACACACUGCUACUAAUACAUGACUGAAUCUUAUUGGCAAGUUCACGUGAUCUAAAUGGCUAAAGCAGAUAUGUACAUAACUGUGUUUAUCACCUUCACAAACUCAAGUAAAUGUAUUAUAUUUUUAGAAAAAAACUCAACCUAUCUUACAGUAAAUUCUCAAAUGGUAAAAUAAAUGUUUAAAAAUGAA